AUGUCAAAAAAAGAACUUAUACAACAAGUGGUCAAGAUAAGAUGUCUCGUACCGGCAGGAAAAGCUUCUCCAACACCGCCAAUUGGUCCAACGUUAGGUCAACGCGGAGUGAAAGCCAUCGAUUUUUGCAGACAAUUUAACGAACGUACCAAGAAAUAUGAGACAGACGUACCAAUACCCACUAUCAUCACGAUCAAUCCCGAUCGUACUUUCACUUUUAUCACAAGGUUGCCACCUGUUUCCUGGUUUUUGAAACGUGCCGCAGGGGUGGAGAAAGGUUCGAGCAAACCCGGCAUUGAAAUCGUCGGGAAAGUUAGCUUAAAACACGUUUACGAAAUAGCAUUGAUCAAAAGUCAACAAGAUAAUAUGGUGGAUUUUGACUUGCGAAAUAUAUGUAAAUCCAUCAUUGGCACUUCAAGAAGUGUAGGAAUCGAAAUAGUACCAUAA